CAUCAAUAUAUUCAAUGGAGUUCCUGUGCACAGUGGCAGGUAAAAUAAUGGAACUGGUAGGAUGAAACUCCCUGUCAUUCAGACACGGACCUUCUUGUGACAGCCUUACCAUUCCCCGAGGUCUUUUUUCUCUGAAGAGACCAGGGUAUAAAAGGGAUGUAAAACUUUGUGUCGAAGCAUCUGUCUAGUACGAUUUCAACAUAAAUGGCCUCCAAUAUUCUGCCCACCAGCGUGAUUCGCGAAAUCGGCGAGAGCGUAUGUCUACUGUUAGAUCGAUGCUCUGUCGAUAUGCAGACACAGCGAACUAUUCCGUCUGACGGCGAGCUCUUUUCGCUGACGUGCGAAGAAGUAGCUCGUCAGGCUCUUAUCGUCGACACGGAAACCUUGGAAUUAUUCAAGCCAUACAUUAGUCACGGCAUCGACACUGUCACCAUUGGGUACAACCAUAUCCAGGACAUCAAGUCCCGUAUCUACAUCGUCCUCUACAUGGCCUGCUUCUUCUACUUUGACGACAAGUUCACUCCGGAAUAUUCUGACUCUGGUCACCUCGCUCAGGACCUUUUUGCCUGCAUGAUUGGAAAGUCAUCCCCCGUCGAUCCUCUCCAACAGCUGUUCUGUUACCUGAUGACGGAAGCUCCGAAAUGCUUCCCUAAUCAUCCUGCGUCGAACAUUGUUAUCACAGGCACAUUGAAUUUUGUGACUGCUGCGAGUCUUGAUUAUCGCACCCAAGGCAUGAAGAUGUCAGCUUCGGCUAAAAGAUACGCGACGUUCACCAGAAGUAUCUCUGGUGUUGCAGACGUUAUGGGAGUGUUUAUAUUUCCAACUUCGGUCCCAGUGACUGCAUAUAUCUCGGCUCUUCCUGACUUAAUGGUUUUCAUGUUGUCCGCCAAUGACGUUCUUUCUUUCUACAAGGAAGAAGUUGCCGGGGAGGAACUGAACCGAGUUUCUCUUCUUGCUUUAUGCAACAAUUCCACAAAGACCGACGUUGUCAGGCGGCUCGUUGACUCUACCGUCGAAGCUCACAAUAACAUCUUGGAUAUCCUUAAAUCGAACAAAGAGGCGUUGGAUGCAUACUUGAAUUUUAGUGAUGGAUAUAUCUGGGGUCAUAUCGGAUUUUCUAGAUACCGUUUGAAAGAGCUCGGUAUUUUCGCAAAAUAGAGUAUUUUAGUUUCGUUAUAGCUUAUGCGUAUUACUUCUCCUCUUAAAUUUAGACGAUACACCACACGUUGAGAGGGAAUUGUACUUAGUUGAAUUGCCCC